AUGCGGUCUCUUACUGAGGAGGAAACUAAAACUCUUUUCACCAAGAUCGCCAAUUACACUGGAUCUUCUCUAUCACAGCUCGUUGCUCCCACUUCCGGAGAUGGCCCCAAUGGAGAGGGAGAGCGUAUGGUCUUCCGCAUACAGAAAGACCGAGUCUUCUAUAUGCCUUUAAAACUUGCCAAUCUGGCUGUCUCUAUCCCUCGCGCUAGCUUGUUGAGUGUUGGAACAAUGAUUGGCAAAUUCACCAAGACUGGCAAGUUCCGCCUUGCUCUGACCAGUCUCGAUGUCAUCGCCCCCCACGCCAGAUACCGUCUUUGGAUUAAGCCUAACGGCGAGAUGCCCUUCCUUUACGGUUCCAACGUCGUUCGCGCCCACAUUGCUCGCUGGAGCGAGGAUGCACCGGAGCAUUCUGGUUGUAUAGUAUAUUCUAUGGACGAUACUCCUCUGGGCUUCGGAGUGACUGCUCGAUCCACUGCUGAGAUUCGCAAACUCGAUCCUACUGCCAUUGCUCUCUUCCGGCAAGCGGACGUCGGAGAAUAUUUGAGAGAGGAGGAUACCCUUUUCACCACCUAA